GGUGGAGGGUGGGGGCAUCAGCAUCAUCAUCAGCAGCAGCAGCAGCAGCAGCAGCACCCUGGUGGUUGGGUGCGCUCAGGCACAGAGGAGCGGGCAGGACGCAGAGGAGCGACGCGGUGAUGCGGUGACACAUGUCCGCCUGAGCACGCUCUCACUGCGGCUUCCACUCUCCAUUCACCGGGGGUUGGACACAGAGGAGGCGGAGGCUGGACACUGGGACGCUGGGAGACGCUCCAGCAGCAGCGACCACCGGCCACGAUUAACCAGCCGAGGCAGCUCCGGAGAGACCGGGGAGCCCAGGCACUGCUGAUCGGGGAUCCUCUCGUGUGACUGAGGGUUUUUGUCCCCGCGGGGCCGCCGUAGCCAUGGGAGAGAACAUGUCCAAGCGGCUGAAGCUCAUCUCGUCAGAGGCGGAGAUGGAGGAGCGCUCGUUUCCAAACCGCUUCCCUGACUGGGACCAGCGGGUCGCCACCUCCAACUCAGGAGCGGAGGUAGAUUACAACGAUCCCUUUGACGAAGAGGGAAAGGUGAACGAAGCAUUCCAGAAGAAAGUCCAGAGUAAGAUCAAAGAUCUCCUCCAGCAGAUGGAGGAGGGCCUGAAGACUGCUGACCCACAUGACUUCUCCACCUACACUGGCUGGACAGGUAUUGCCUUGCUGUACCUCCAGCUGCACCGGGUGUCCCAGGAGGCCUCCCACCUGCAGAGGGCACUUGACUAUGUGAAGAGGGCCAUGAGGAUCCUGAAUAGCCGCAAAGUGACGUUCCUGUGUGGCGAUGCAGGGCCACUGGCAGUCGGCGCGGUGGUCCACCACAAACUCAACAACACUGCUGACAGCAAAGACUGCCUCUCUCGACUCCUCCAGCUGCAGAGGUCAGUGCUGAGUCCAGACUCUGAGAUGUCAGACGAGCUGUUGUACGGCCGGGCCGGCUACCUUUAUGCUCUGCUCUACAUUAACAAAGAGAUCGGAGCUGACACGGUGGAUGAGACCACCAUUACAAAGGUGGUGACAGCCAUUGUGGAAUCGGGGAAGACCAUGUCAGCAGAUCAAAAGAAGACAGAACGCUGCCCCCUGCUCUAUGAAUGGCACAAAAAGCAGUACAUCGGUGCUGCUCAUGGCCUCGCAGGAAUCUAUUACACACUCAUGCAGCCAGAAGCAAAGGUCCAAGCAGACAUCCUAUCUGAGUUGGUGCGUCCCAGCAUUGACUAUGUCCGCCACAAGAAGUUUCGCUCGGGGAACUUCCCAUCCUCCCUGAGCAACGAGAGCGACCGCCUGGUCCACUGGUGCCACGGAGCACCUGGUGUCAUCCACAUGCUCAUCAUGGCUCAUAAGAUCUUCAAAGAGGAGAAGUACUUGAAAGAAGCUGCAGAGUGUGCAGAGGUGAUCUGGCAUCACGGCCUGCUCAGGAAAGGCUACGGCAUCUGUCACGGCACCGCGGGCAACGGCUACAGCUUCCUCACUCUAUACAAGAUCACCAAGGACAAGAAAUACCUGUACCGGGCCUGCAGGUUUGCUGAGUGGUGUUUGGACUACGGCACCCACGGCUGUCGCAUCCCAGACAGACCCUACUCUCUUUUUGAAGGUAUGGCAGGGGCCAUCCACUACCUUUCAGAGAUAGCGAGCCCUGAAACCUCCUGUUUCCCUGCCUUUGAACUUUGACCUGGCCACUGACAGAACUGAGGGCGGUGAAGGGGGACAGGGACAAACUGUUUUACUGAAACACUGAGCAGGGAUAUAUUUGUGUUAUAGCUUUCAACUGUGGUCAUCAUUGAUUAGUUAACAAGCUGGACUGAAGCUGAAUGAAGAUGAGACUGUAACUGAGCAGAGUGCAAAUCAAAGAAAUAUCCAGAAAGAUGAAGGGAAGAUUAUUUUUGGACAAAACUACAGGUUGAACCUUUUUUUCAAUCAAAGCAAAACAAAAGCAGCAAAUGGAUCGAGCAGGACGGUGUGGAUUGAUAAUUCUCCUCUUCAGGAUGGGCACCUGCUUCCUGUGGGCCUAUCAUAGGAACUAUGUGGGUCCCCUGUCGUCCUCCUGCAGUGUACGGUGUUAUAGUAAAGACAUGGACCCCAUGAGCCCCCUUCACACCCGUUAGAGUAUUGCCAGGUGGCACAGACACAGAGGAACACACUCUAAGCCCACAGCCUUUAAUAUCGUUGCACCUAGGCCAAGAAUGAGGGUGUGUGUCUGUGUGUGUCCGUGUGUGUCUGUGUUUGUGUGUACUUGUACUUUUGUCUUUGUGAGGACCAGUUUGACUAUUCGACCCUACAUAGUGAGGACAUUUUUGCUGGUCCUCACAGUCUGCUGUCAGAGGGCAUUUAGGCUAAAACAGGGUGUAAAUGAUGCCGUUUCGAGUCGAAAUUGAACGUCGGGACUUGCAGACACUUGGAUGACACCACAGGAGCAGUAUGGAGGCAUGUUGUGGUUUUUUUGUUGUUUUAUUCCGUCUGAAGAAGAACUCACCAUUGACCUCAAUUGUAUUGGAUUCUGCUCUAACAAAAUUUACCCCUGAGACUCCAGAAGUGUUUUGUAGACUCAAACACAUGAUGUGGAUGUAACACUAUUCCAGUCACAUGAUUGGUUCGAUGCAGCGCUAUUGUCAUUACCAUUGGCUGUUUUAUGUUGUCUGUCAAUACAUGGAUGGAACAAGUUCUAUCGAUGUUGUAUCGACCAAGUCUUUUCUAUCGAGGAAAAGUUAUUUCGCGAUAAUUCUCUUUAUCGUUUUAUCGCCCAGCCCUAGGUGAGGGUUAGGCUAACAGUUGGGCUCUGGCCUCGUUGUGAUGGUUAGGAUAAGGAGCUAGGCAUAAUGUCAAUGAGUGUCCUCAGAAAGAUAGAAGUACAAGUGUGUGACUGUGUGUUUUGGUAUCUCUGCCUCUGCAUGCUCACUGUUAAUGCUUUUUGAUCCCUCAUAUCUCAGUGUCAGUGUGGUGAUUUCUCUUUCUGUAUUUGUAGCUGUGCUGUUGCAGUUCUCUGGGUAUUUGUCACAUUGUGGGAAAGUGGGGGAAAACAUUUCUCUCAUCUUUCAUUCUAUUGAGAAACCAGCUUGGUGUGGAGAUGACUACACAUGAGUGUGAAGGCUGCUGGGUCCCAACGUAAAGAAAGUCAAACAUUAACUGUCAGUUUACGACACUGAUCAUCUGGGGAUGCUAUUCAGCCUCGCUUGCUAACAUUAGCACAGAUUCAUGCAGCAUUACUUUUUGCGUGUUAUUUGCAUACGUGCUGAGUCAUGAGCAGAUCGUGCACACUCACUGUUGUGUCUGUUCCACAUUAUCCAACAGAGGGCAGUGUGAUUGACGUCUCUCCUUUAAGGUUUCCAGUGGUGGUGACAACAAUUGCUCAUAUUGUCAAAACUCACAAUUUUCACUGAAGAAGAGAGUACACAAGUCAAAGCAAACGCAUGAAAUAAGUUUGAUUUAAACUUGCAAUAUCCAAAAUACCUAAAUCAAAAUACAGUUUAACAAAAUAUAAACUGUGAUGUUGGGAAGAAGCAUGGGAUCUUUGGGGUUCCAAACCACCAUUGCCAUUAUUGCAUUCAGCUUCUCCCAGUUCAGAUUUCUUCAGUGUUCAUAGUUCAAGACAUUUGAAGUAAAAGUAGGACUGUAGGUACUAGGUAAGCUUCUAGCUUACAGCAUGCAUUAGCAUUAGCUUUUGCUUUGUUAUCAGUACAUUUUGAAAUAAAUACUUCACUGGUUGGUAUUGUUACACAUGAUUUUGGGUACAAAAUAUUAUGACGUGAUGGAUUUAAUUUUUCAGCGAGGAAGAGUCAAGGUAAUUUCACAGGUAAAGGAACAAUCUUUAAAGUUUUGCAACCAUAAAAUGCUAAUCCUGUUUUGUUUUUCGCAACUACCCCUCACUUAAGUUCCUUUUCUCACUUCUACUGAUCUAAUGCACAUGAACAGCUGUAGAAUCUGACAUCUGGUGUGUGCCCGUUCAUGGGGCUCAGUUGAAGCAUAUUGGCCUAUAAAUAAUUAGGCCACUAAUGAAAGUUAAUAUGAGCUGAGACAGUUACGCCCCCAACUUAACUAUUUUGUUUAUCACAUAGGAACAAGACAGGAGGCAGGGUGUACAGUAUGCACAGUCUUAUUAAUAGUUAAGAUUGUUGACUCAAAUACAUGUUGGUUCUGAUCAUUACAUUAGUGUAACACCACUGGAAUAUUAUGUAAGGCAUUUUUUUACGUUUUAAUUUAAUUUAGUCAGCAGACAUGAUUAGACCCACAUUAACACCCAAAGUAAAGUUAGAAUUGAUGUGCGCUUGUAUUUUUAUGUUUUUAUGUUAAAGUGUGUGAUUUAAAUUAGGUCAUUACUUUUAUUAUACUGCUUUUAUUCAUCGGCCUCACAUCAGGCAGUUGAAUCAGUUGAGUUUAAUCAGGGCUGUGUUAUAGCUUUGCCUAAAAGAGACAUGGUGCUCUGUGUUUAGAUGGUUGCCAUGGUUUCAACAUGGAGUUGAAAUUACGCCUGUACAUAAUAUCCAAUAAUUCCGACAGCACAUGAAUGCACAUAAAUGCCUAAUUCUCUUGCAUAGAUCUUGUCAUGAAUGUCAUUGCAUGAGGAUAAUGUGACAUGUAAAACCAUGUCGGUGUUUCCAGGUUCCCUGGUCCUGUUCAGUGUGUUUGAUGGUGAAUCGUGUCCUGGUCCCAGCAGAAGGGGGCAUCAGUGGAGAUGUGUUCAGUGUUUGACCUUUGCCCCCGUCUAUGUUUUGGAUUUGAGCCUUGUUGUCAUGAUAUGAAUGUGUAUGUUUCUUCUUUUUUUUCAUUAAGCUUGUUUGUCUUAAUUGUUCUUAUUACUUUCUUUUUGGCUCAGACAGUGGGGAAUAAAAUGAAUAGAGCACC